UAUUUUUUCACUGCAGACUUUAGAAGACAAACCUAGUUGUCCUGUAGAAAUGAACUGAUGGAAACUGCACCCCUGAGGUCAGGAAAACACACUUUCCUCAUCAUGAACUCAGGCAUACCAGCUCCGUUCUUUCUUUCUCUCAUCCUUCACUGAGACAUUCCACACUCAGCUGACAUUCUUGUGCUCACUCGCUCUCAAAUUGAAGGGCCCCUCUGGAGGACGGAGAGACGCAUCACGUGCUUUAGGCUACCCAUCCCUCUCCUCCUCUUCUCUCUCUUCAGCCCAGUCUGUUUUCCUUCUUCCCUGUGCGCACAGUCAGCAAGGAGAGUCCAGAGCGAGCACCGUGACGAGUCCCGGAUAAUUCCGUUACUGAUCCGGAUCUGGAGAUAUUGCGAUUGUUCCCACGAGGAUGUUCUCGAGGCAGCCAGGACCGUCGAGGUGUGCUUUCGCGUCUCCACCGUUGUCACACUUCUCCUCGGUCGAGCCUGAGUGGCACUGCGCUCGCGCCAGCGUCUGUGGAAGCACGCAAACUUAACCAGGGUGACUCCGGCGGAUUCACAGCAGAAGUCUGUGACGCACUGUGACUUUAAGGUGCAGGGAAAGCGGGAAGAAACUGACAAUUUGGCGUUUCUAAAAUAAGGGAGGUUUUUGGUAGCAGCUUCCGGAUCGGUGAGAAUGCAGCCGGUACGGAGCGCAUGAGGAAACGUGGACAAACUGCGAGUCUUUGCUAAUUCGUUCCUGGAAGAUUUCGACGUGUGCAUCGGAUGUGCGCCGGAGUUUGUAUCCGCUAAUUUUUUGAGGACAAGCGCCUGGUUUUAUGCGCGAAAUGUGUGAAAUGCGCACCCCGCGACCCGACGACUCCACUUGGCCAUUGCGCUUUUGGCCGAGACGCACCCAAGGCCAGCUGCACAUGAAAGAGCAAAAUGUAUAACAUGCAAAAUUUCACGUAUUUCUAAUGCGUAAAUGCGUUUGAGGAUUUCUGGGUAACUAUAUGCGUCAUUUCGUAACUUUGCUGCGUCUGUUUUGGAACGCGGAUUUCUACAUUAGAGCCUAACUCAGUGUUUAUUAUUAUUUUACCCCCAUCAAUUUUUUUCGUCUCCGUUUUUCCGCGGUCAUGCUCCGGCAAAUGCUCUUGAAUUCGACGGCGGCGGCGGCGCGAGACUUGGACGCUAUAAGCCAGACGCACGCGCCGGCUCCUCUGGACGUCUCACACGCGCCCGUGAGUGUGUCGGCGCUGCUGAAGCCCGCGGGUCGCGGAGGCGCAGGCGGGGGCGCGCUGCGCGGAGGCGAGCUCAGUAAACCGGACCUGACGACCUACGUGGUCAUGUGCAUAGUGCUCUUCCUCCUCGUGCUGCUAAUUGUCGUCUUCAUCAACUGCCAACUGCGCAACUCGUUCUUCGCCUCCACGCCGUAUGACCGCUCUCUGCGCGAGGCCCGAACCUCGUAUAAAUGAAACCUGGCCGCGCGCUCGUUCACUGCGCACAUGCCUUGUGCCAGAACGGAAAGCGGGCCUUUGCGCUUUGCUCCACGGGACGUGUGGAUUAACGUGGCCGUUUGGAGGAAUUCGAAAGGACGCUGGUGUUAUCUGAGUGUCCCCCUCUCCAAACCUUAAGUAUUCUCAACAUGAGAGCGCGGACUGUAAUGUCACUGCGUUUCUGUCCAUGAACUUUAUAUCAUGUCGUGUGUACUGCAAUGUAUUGCAGGUUAUUUUCUUGCAUGAAUUAAAUAUAGAAUUAAAUCGUAUGUGUACAAUCAGCUGCGUUCAUUAAGGGCUCUGAUUGUAGAAUAAACACAGUAUAUAAAAGCGUGAAUGAUUGUGAAAUAUUAGCCUGUGAAUCAUAAUAGGCUAGUGAAACAUUAGCCUAUUAUAAUCAUCAUCAUCAUCAUCAUCAUCAUCAUCAUCACAGAUAAUGCACGAGCACUCUACCUUCUUUUUUUCUGUUAUUCUUAGGGCAUCUCUCUCGUGCUAACCAACAACUGAUGCAUAUCUGCUUAGGCUGGACUAAAUUACCCUAAAUUGCCAGUGAAUAGGUGCAGAAAAUUAUAUUUAUCCAGGCCCACGCUUUAUGAUGGGC